AUGCCGAUGCAUAUGGGCCAUCACUAUCAGACGGUGGAGGAGAUGAGGUUGGCGGAGGAUAGGCAUAAGAAGAAGUACUGGCGCCGUUGGGGUCCUUACCUCUCUGAACGUCAAUGGUCGACCGUCCGCGAGGACUACUCCGGCAACGGCGACGCCUGGUCGCACUUCCCCCACUCUCAUGCCCGUAUGCGAGCGUUCCGGUGGGGUGAGGAUGGAUUGGGUGGGAUUAGUGACAAUCAUGCGUUGAUGUGUAUGAGUUUUGCGUUCUGGAAUGAGAAGGAUGAGAUUUUGAAGGAGAGGGCGUUCGGGUUGACGGGGCAUCAGGGAAAUCAUGGAGAGGAUGUCAAGGAAAUCUACUUCUACCUCGACUCUACCCCCACCCACUCCUACAUGAAAUACCUCUACAAAUACCCCCAAACCGCCUUCCCCUACGACAAACUCGUCGCCGAAAACGCCGCCCGCGACCGUAACGCCCAAGAAUACGAAAUUACCGACACCAAAAUCUUCGACGAAAACCGAUACUGGGACAUCUUUAUCGAGUACGCCAAGGACGAGGAGAAUGAGGACGAGUACUACAUUCGGAUUGCGGCGUAUAACCGGGGUCCGGACAAGGCGAACUUGCAUAUUAUUCCGCAGAUGUUUUUCAGGAAUACUUGGGCGUGGGGGGUUGAGCCUGAGGAGAAGAAGCCGGGGAUGAAGGGGGAGGGGGAGAAGGUUGUGCAUGCUAAGCAUCAUAAGUUGGGGGAUCGAUACAUGCAGGUCUCGUCUUCGCCGGGUGUUAGUGAGGAUGCGCCCAUCGUUGAGCCGACAUUGUUGUUCACGGACAAUGACUCGAACUACAAGAACCUUGGUUGGGGCGAGAAUAAGACCAAGUACUGCAAGGACGCCUUCCAUGAGUUUAUCGUGGAUAAGAAGGAGGAUGUCGUUAACCCCGAUAAGGAAGGUACCAAGGCUGCUGCUUGGUUUGAUUUCCAGGAUGUCCCGAGUGGUGAGUGUGUCGUCGUUCGUCUCAAGUUCUCCAACAGGGUCGAGGAGGGCGACAUCGACGAGGAGGCAUUCGAUAAUGUCAUUGAGUCUCGCUUGGCUGAGGCUGAUGACUUUUAUUGGAGGAUUAGUCCUAUGCCCAUGGCUGACGAUUUGCGCAAUAUCCAGCGUCAGGCAUUGGGUGGUAUGAUGUGGAACAAGCAGUACUACGGCUUUAUCUGGGAUCAGUGGGCGAAUGGAGACCCCACUCAGCCGCCGCCGCCCGAGGAGAGGAAACAUGUCCGCAACCAGGCGUGGAAGCAUUUGUAUAUCGACGAUGUCUUGUCGAUGCCUGAUAAGUGGGAGUACCCAUUCUUUGCUGCCUGGGAUACCGCGUUCCAUUGUAUCCCCCUCGCCAUGAUCGAUCCCGAUUUUGCGAAGAAACAGUUAGAUUUGUUGACGAGGGAGUGGUAUAUGCAUCCCUCUGGCCAAGUCCCCGCCUACGAAUGGAAUUUCUCGGAUGUGAAUCCCCCUGUGCAUGCCUGGGCUACUUUCCGUACGUUCAAGAUCGAGAGGAAGAUGUAUGGACGUGAGGAUCUGGAUUUCUUGGAGAGGAUGUUCCAGAAGUUGUUGUUGAACUUUACGUGGUGGGUUAACCGUAAAGACGAGGGUGGACACAACAUCUUCGAGGGUGGAUUCUUGGGUCUCGACAAUAUCGGACUCUUUAACCGUUCCGAGCCGUUGCCUACUGGUGGUAGGUUGAUGCAGGCUGAUGGAACGAGUUGGAUGGCGUUUUAUUGUUUGAGUAUGCUCAAUAUCGCGCUCGAAUUGGCGAAGCAUAGGAGGACUUAUGAGGAUAUCGCGUCCAAGUUCUUCGAGCAUUUCUUGCUCAUUUCGGAUGCGAUGACGUUUAAGUCCACGGACGGUGAUACCCCGUUGUGGAAUGAUGAGGAUGGGUUCUAUUAUGAUGCCAUCUCGUGGGGAGGACCGUGGCAGCAGCAGUUGCCCGUGAGAAGUUUGGUGGGGUUGAUGCCGUUGUAUGCGGUUUUGACUUUGGAGCCGGAGGUCAUCGAUAAAUUUCCUAGCUUCAAGAAGCGGUUGGAGUGGUUUAUGGAGAAUAGGAGUGAUGUCGCGAACCGGAAUAUUGCAUCCAUGAAGAAGCGUGGAAAGGGUGACCGUAUGCUUCUCGCUCUCGUCGACAAAGACCGUUUGGUCAAGAUUUUGGAAAGGAUGUUGGAUGAGGAUGAGUUCUUGAGUGAUUAUGGCAUUCGGUCGUUGUCGAAGUAUCAUAAGGAUCAUCCGUACUCCAUGGUCGUUAAUGGGGAGACGUUUAAGGUUGAUUACGUACCUGGUGACUCGAACUCUGGUCUCUUUGGUGGUAACUCGAAUUGGCGUGGACCUAUUUGGCUCGCGACGACGUUUUUGUUGAUUGAGUCCUUGCAGAGGUUUUACAUGUACUAUGGUGAUACCUUGAAGGUCGAGUGUCCUAAGGGCUCGGGCGAGUUCAUGCAUCUUGGACAUGUUGCCGAGGAGAUCCAGCAUCGUAUCCAGCAUAUCUUCGCAAAGGACGAUGAGGGCCGUCGUGCGUGUAACGCUGGUAACGAGAUGAAGGACUUUGACCCUUACUGGAGCGAGUUGGUUCCCUUCCACGAGUACUUCGAAGCCGACACGGGACGCGGGUUGGGUGCUGAGCACCAAUGUGGCUGGACCGGACUCGUCGCAAAAUUAAUCCACGACACCGGGAUGUCCUGUCGUCUUCCCAAGACACCGCGUACUCCCUCCACCGCCGCCGCGCACUACUUUGACGAAGUCUGGGGCAAGGCGAAGAGGCCUAUGCACUCCCGUCGUGGCACGGGCCGCAGUAUUGGGAAUCGAAGUGAUAUUGGGGAUGGGGAUGAGACGGAUGGUGAUGAUGCUGUGAGCGUCAAGACGAAUGUUGGGGCGGAUGAGGAGAGGGAUAGUGAUCAUGUUAUGGAGCAGGUUACGAGUCAGCUAGGGAAGUUGGAGGCGGAUGGGACGAUUGUUGAUGAUGAUGAGUAUGAGGCUGGGCUUGACCUGUGA